AUGAUCCUGUCGAUAACCGGUAGUACCCAAGACAGGAAAGAUGUCUCCAACGGUACAUCCACUACUAAGUUCAAGCAAUGGAACAGGAAGUUCUUCAAACAAAUCCGUGCAGCCAACGAUGCCUCAGGCAAACCUCACCUUGGAGGAUUUUGCAUCCUUCUCACUGUGGGAUCCACAGGCAUCAAUCUCACAAUUUGCAGACUGCUUGAAGCUAGGGUCGCUCGGAGCUUUGACAACGGCUAUGACACGUCAAACACAGGCGGUGAUUUCAACUACCACAUCACCAAGGAGUAUGAUCCAUUCUGGGCCUUUGUCGAGAAAUCCGGCAAGCCCGUCUACUUGCAUCCUCGUGAGGCGGAGUCGAAAGGGUUUUUAACACAAUUUCCAGAGAUGCGCGUGUCACCAUGGGGCUUUCAUGUCGAGACCGCGGAGCAUGUUCUCCGCUUCCUUCUCUCCGGCUUCUUCGACAAGUUUCCAAAUCUGAAGUUCAUCAUCGGUCACGAUGGAGAGAUUUUGGUUUGGAUGGCAUGGCGCAUUGAUCACCGCCUUAGGAAGCAGGGCUGGACCCCAGAGUCAGUGUCGUGCCAUACAGGACCUGGCAUGAAACUGGGCCCGUGUCCAGAGAAUGGCUUGUACAAGCGCAAGCACAACGUCACUUGGUAUUUGAAGAACAACUUUCAUAUCACCACCAGUGGCAUGUUCGACACUCCGGGGUUUCAGCAUGCAUUGUCUGUGAUGGGGCCUGAACGUGUUAUGUUUUCCAUGGAUACCGCAUAUGAAUCCAUCUCAGAAGGGGCAGGCUGGUUUAACAACUUGUCCGAAACUGUGCACCUGACACAGAGAGAUUGGGAGAAUGUUGCUUUUCGCAACGCUGCACAACUAUUCAACUUGUCAGCGUGUGGAGCCUGA